AUGCCAAACACGGUGGGAAGCUGCGCAAAGCAACAUCGAUUGAUCAGUGUUUCUGCGAUCAUCUGCAAAAUAAAUGCCUCUUGGUCCGUCCAAUAUUAUCUUCCCCUUCAAUGUGCGCAAAUUUGUUCCAGGCAGACGGCAAAAGAAGCUUUGGAGAAUGGCGAGGUGCCUGUUGGAUGUCUCAUGGUCUACAACAAUGAGAUUCUUGGAAAGGGGAGAAAUGAAGUGAAUGAAACAAAAAAUGCCACUCGCCAUGCUGAGAUGGUGGCUCUGGACCAGGUGCUGGAGUGGUGUCGUCAUAGAGAUCUGGACCCCAGGACAGUGUGUGAGAGGACUGUGCUCUACGUGACUGUGGAGCCUUGCAUCAUGUGUGCAGGAGCUCUUCGCCUGACCAGUAUACUUAUGACCACAUCAAACAACAUUCCUCUAGUGGUCUAUGGGUGUAAUAAUGACAGGUUUGGUGGCUGUGGAUCUGUUCUAGACAUCCCCUCGGCUGAUCUACCUCACACUGGCUCAUCAUUUAAGUGUAUCUCUGGCUUCAGAGCAGAGGAAGCAGUGGAGAUGCUGAAGGCUUUUUAUAAACAGGAGAACCCUAAUGCUCCCAAGCCGAGGACGAGGAAGGAGUGAUAUUUUGUUGGUGUCCAGCAGGGGGCUCUAGACUUUAAGAAAUGAGAUGUGAUCUCACUCCGAGCACCCUGGGUCUAGGAUGAGCUGAGCUUAAGGCAGGUACCGGGGGCCCCUCAGCAACCUCUAAAGGAGCUCUCUCUCUCUCGCUGGCGUCAGUCAUCAACUGCCAUCAUGGAUCUGAAAUCAGUGUUGAGGCCAUUUCCCACUCCAAUGUAUCAUGUCUGUGAUAGUUUCUGGGUUUGUUAUGCAUGUCUUGGAUUGUUAAGUACUGGCGUCGUCAUGUACAAUAGGAUGGUGCGGUUCUCUACUUUGAAAAUGGUGUUACUAAGUGGCAUAGCUGCUUUGUGAUUUAUUUAUUUUCUGCUGAAGAACAAAUACAUAUUCACAGCAUUAGUCUCAGCGUGAGAAGGACCACUGAAUAGUAUAAUAGACUGGGAGCGCCCAUGCAGACAGUCCUGUCUCACCUACUGAAUGACUAGGCCAGACUUCACUGUAGAGGGACUAUAUUUCAAUGUGGGACCAACUUAUUUCAGAUCAGAAAGGAGACAAAUGUCCGUUCCAUCGACUCCCGCAGGUAUUUUGAUCUCAGUCUCAGUAACCACCAACACUCACACCAACACUGCAGUUUGGUGUGUGACAAACGGAAUGUGUUUGUAGCAUAGAGCACAGCUGUGAGGGGUAAUAGUCAGUCUGAAACACCUCCCCUUCAC